CAGAGGGUGAAACAGAGGGAGAGAGAGAACCAGAGGGUGAAACAGAGGGAGAGAGAGAACCAGAGGGUGGGCAUCUAAUCCACAGGGUGCCCUGUCUCCACUGUCUUGGUCGACCAGAACAGAGAAGGACUCCAACCAAACCCACACUGACAGCGUCCGCUCCUCUCCGCCUGCUCCUCUCCGCCAGCUCCUCUCCGCCUGCUCCUCUCCGCCUGCUCCUCUCCGCCUGCUCCUCUCCGCCUGCUCCUCUCCGCCUGCUCCUCCACACAUUUCUCCUUCCUCCAUCUAUUUAUCCAUCCAACGGGUGAGGAAGAAGAGAGAUGAAGAGGCCUCAUGAUGACUACAGCUCUCCAGACUCUGAUGACAUGGACGAGCUGAUUGACGUGGGACAGGAAGACGGCUUCUGUCCAGAUACAGGAUCCAUGUCCCCAGGUAACACAUCACAGGUUCUGGCCCGCAAGAAAAGACGAGGGAUCAUUGAGAAGAGACGCAGAGACCGCAUCAACCACAGCCUAUCAGAACUCAGGAGACUGGUGCCCAGUGCCUUUGAGAAACAGGGCUCAUCUAAGUUGGAGAAGGCUGAGAUUUUACAGAUGACUGUGGACCAUCUGAAACUGCUGCACGCCAUGGGGGGGAAAGGUUAUUUUGAUGCUCGUGCUCUUGCCGUGGACUACAGGACACUGGGGUUUCGGGAGUGUGUGGGGGAGGUAGUCCGGUAUCUCAGCUCCCUGGAUGGGGGUGUUGACUCUCCGGAUCCCAUUGGAGCCCGUCUGGUCUCACACCUCUCCCACUGUGCCAGUGAACUGGACCCCCUUCUCCUCCAGACACCACCCACCUCCACUGUUCUCCCCUUUCCUCCCUGGCCAUGGGUGUCCUCCUAUCACCAUGUGACGCCACCUGGCACGUCUCCUCACUCCUUCUCCAUGGGGAGCAGAGAGCUGGAGAUCCUGGGGAGCGGCCCUGGGGGUUAUACGCCCCAUCCUGCCCUGCGUGUCGCCCCUCUGGGGGGCCAGAACAUACGUGCCCCUGCCUUGGUGUCUGGGGUUCGCAGGGUGCCCUCUCUUCCCCAGCCCUCCUCACCUUCCUCACCCGCUAACAGACUUACCCAGCAGUCCCCAAGGGGUUCCCCCCACCACCACCCCGCCACCUCCUCCUCAUCAGCUCCUCCACAAGUCUCCUUCAGACCAUUCGCCCCUCUGGGGUCUUCUACGGGCCAGCGCAGGGUCGUGGGAGGUUCUGCCAAGGCUCCAAAGGCCUGGGCGACUGAAAUAGGAGCCUUUUGAUUCUCCACGCUGCUCUUAACGGACCAGUUCCCUGUUCCACCAUGAGCGGUUUCCUCAUCCUGAAGCUGAUCUGCGGGCCAGGUGUUUGGGUUUUCUGUAAGACAUCCAACAUACACUAGCUGAUUCAGUCUGACGUUGCUUAAAGGUGAUUUGGCCAUUUUAAAACCAACAUGUUUAUGUUGCCUGCAUUUCUUUCCUAAAUGUUUUGCUAGUGGUGGCUAAAGUUAGCUUACGUUUUUAGUGGGAACAAACAAAAUCACAGGUUUAUAUCACUCCUGGCCAAAAGACUAUUUUCAGGGUGAGGAAUUGUCAAACAUUGUUAUAAAAUAGUGAAUGUCUUCUUCAAGCACAGCUCUUAGAUGGAAUGGCCUUCCCUAAUUACCUCCACAAUAUACCCCUGACUGUCAACAGGAGUCAGGAACCUCUUCCCAGACUGUCUCUCUCUGAUGACAUCACAGCUGACAGACACUAAAGCCAUAUGACAUGACAGACGGAUAAUAAAAGCCAUACUGGAAGCCAUACUCAGCACUGAUACGUGCUAACCUUCCUACUUAUAUAGAAGCUCUGAGUGUCAGUUUGUAUGUGGAUUACUUUGCCAUUGUCCACUUGAAACGACAACAAAACUUUUUUUUUAAUCAUAAAUGACCCCUAUGAUACCACAGAGCCAUAUAUAUAUAUAUAUAUAUAUAUAUAUGUAUGUGUGUAUAUAUAUAUAUAUAUAUAAUUUGGGGAACGUUACCUACAUUUUGCAACCCUAGCUAUACAGAAUAAGAUCCCUGACUAAACUGUUUCUAUAAAAUGAAUUUUGCUUUUUCAUUUAUUGUUUAGCUGUGUUGUUUGAAUUUCUAUCUUUUAAUAAUAAUAAUUUACAAACACUCACCUGCCACUUUAUUAAGUACUAUCCAGCAUCAGCUUUUGUGUUCACACACUUCCAGGUUUGACUCACCUCUGCACACCAUUACUGUAAAGAACGGUUAUUUCAGUAUUCAUUGCCUUUCUGUCACCUAGCAUGAGUCCGGCCAUUCUCCUCACUGACCAGAUAUUUUCACCAACAGAAAUGCCACCCACUGGACGUUCUCUGCUCAUUGCCCCAUUCUCUGUUGACUCCAGAGGCCAUAAUGCGUGAAAAUCCUAGAUGUCAGCUGAUUAAAGGCUUAAACCACCACUUCUGUCACCAACAUUUAUGCCGCAGUCAAAGUCUCUUAGAUCACUUGACAACUGAACCUCUUCAACAUGUCUGCUUGCUUAAUGUAGUUGCAGGCACAUGAUUGGCUAUUGGGCUGCUUGCGUUAAGGAGCAGGUGUACCUAAUGAAGUGGCCAAUGAGUGUACAUUUUACUAUUUUAAUCGAUUCUGACUUAAUUGGCAUGGAAUGUCUGGAAAAAAUAAAUAUAAAGAUUAAGUGCCUAACCUAUGUGAUGUUAAUGUAGGGUUCUUGUUGUGUCCUUUAUUUUCUGAUCAUACAUUGUUCUUCUGAGAGACGAGAAAAGGGAGAGAGAAAAGGGGGAGAGAGAAGGA